UAAUCGCAUUGUUAUCUGUGCACAUUUUGCUAUUAACUUACAAGUUUAGUUUUAAACAAUUUAAAAACAAUGUUCCGUCUACAACAAGCCCAGCCCGAUCCCGCAGAGGAGCAGAAGCGCGUGUCAUCAGAAGUGCGCUUCAACUUUUUCGUGUUUGGCGCACUCGUCUUGGCCAUUCGCCUAUCGCCCUUUGUAUUGGAACAACUGAAGAGCGCGUAGCCAAACUGGAUUUCAUAAAUAGACAAAAUUCAAUGGGAGCUUUGCAAAAGAUGCAUUUACUUCAACGCACAUGUUUUGCGGCUUUUAUGAAUAUAUGUAGUUUGAAUAAUGUAAGGUUGAAAGAACAUAAAUAUAUGUAUAUGUAAUGCCGUUUAUUGAGUGCUAUUAAAGCUAUUCAAUUGU